CUGCCGCCUCAGCAGUCCUCGCUGGAUACCGCUGCCGCCGUCCUCAUUCCCGUCCCCAUCGAUAGCACCGCCUCUUUUCGGACGGGCGCGCGCCACGGCCCCGCGGCCAUCAUCGCCGCUUCAGCUGCCCUGGAAGACUACGAUAUCGAGCUAGGAGUGGAUGUCGCGGAUUUCGGCAUCUACACGGCGCCACCCCUGGAACCCCACGUCGGCGACCCGCAUCAAAUGAUGGAGCGCGUUCGGGCUGCGGUUUCGCACUACGCAUCCCAGGGUUCGGGCAAGCUGACCGGCGUCAUUGGCGGCGAUCAUUCCGCCACCAUCGGGUCGGCCCUGGCCCACCUGGAACGCCACCCGGAUCUGUCGGUGCUCUACAUUGACGCCCACGCCGACCUGCGCGAUGAAUACCAGGGCACUGCCUGGGGUCAUGGUUCGGGGGCCCGCCGCAUCGCCGAACACUGUCCCAUUUCCUUAAUCGGUGUCCGCGCAUUGGCCCUCGAAGAGCGAGAGUUCAUCGAAGCUUCCGGUAUUCCCGCCUGCUACUGGCCACCGGCGAACCAGACGGACAUACCUGACAUAAUCGCCGGCUUGGGCCCUCUCGUUUACGUCAGCGUUGACCUGGACGUCCUGGAUCCCCUCCGAAAUGCCCGCCGUGGGCACACCUGA